GGUUACGUUAUGAAUGGAGAACAAGCAAUUAUUUGUGGUGAAGAUGGUACCUGGUUUGGCGAGCUUCCUACAUGUGAACCAACGUGUAGUGAUCCUGGUGCUCCAGAGAAUGGUUAUCAGGUAGAAGAAUACUGACUAUCCUGUUUUAGUGAACACCACAGUCACAUUCGAGUGUAAUGGUGGCUAUGAGAGACAUGGAAAAGGUUAUACACAAUGUCGGGAUACUAUUUGGGAACCUCCAGUGGAUGAAACAUUUUGUGCAGAGAUUGAAGAGUGCUGCAGUGAUCCUUGUCAAAAUGGCGGAACAUGCAUCGAUGGGAUAGAUAGGUAUGACUGCCUUUGUCCUCGAGGAUUUGACGGCCACAACUGUGAACAAGAGUACAGUGUAUGUUACGUUUGGGGCGAUCCACAUUAUAUCACAUAUGACGGAGUGGCAUAUGAUUUCCAAGGAGAUUGUAUUUACAUUUUAUCUGAAAGUGCUACGUAUGAGAUGACGUCAUUCCGAGUACUGGCAAACAAUGAGGAAUUCCAUGCAGGAUAUGAGUCUUUAAGUGUCACACAAGAGUUGAUAGUAAUCGUUUAUGGACAGGAAGUUAGACUUAUGAGAGGGGGACACGUGAAAGUAAACGGCGAACAAGUUACUCUGCCACAUACGGUAUCACCAGAGAUUGAAGUGAGAAUGACAGGACGCUAUGUUAGUGUUUUUGUUGAUUUUGGUCUAGUAGUUAGGUGGGAUGGUUACCACCAUGGCGAUGUCAAAGCACCGGGCACAUACAAAGAUAUACUUAGAGGUUUGUGUGGUAACUAUAAUGAUGACCCAGAAGACGAUUUUACUGAUAUUAAAGGACGAUUGAUGCCAAUUGAAAUAGAGCAUACCCAUCGUGCAGCAAUGUUUGGUAAUACCUGGGUAGCUAACGAGGAAGAAUGUGAUUCACAUGCAGGUGGUUGUAAUCCGUGUGCCGAGGAUAUAGACAUAGCAACCGAGGCUCAUGAAUUGUGCUCAGUUUUCAAAGAUGAAAAUGCCGUGACAUGCUAUGAUGAUAGCGUGUACAAUCAUACAAUUUCGCCCUGUACUAAUACCUGUGUCGAUCAGUCACCACACUACCAAUGUCCCGAUAGGCGUUUAGUGGACGGAUGUGUCUGUCAAGAAGGUUACUUGUUAAACAUGGGCGAAUGUGUUCCAGACAACCAGUGUCCAUGUGAAUAUGACGAACGGUAUCUUCAGUUUGGAGAUACUGUAACCUUGGAAGAAUGUGACGAAGAUUGUACUUGUCGGGAGGAUGGUGUAGUUGAUUGUGUGGCCAUUAGAUGUGAUCCUAAUGCAUAUUGUGGAGAGAAAGACGGGGAGCAUGGAUGUCAUUGUAACGAUGGCUAUCAAGGAAAUGGCAAACGUUGUAUAGGUCAGCACUGUGGCAGCGAGCCCUGUCAGAAUGGUGGAACAUGUCAGGAACACGCCCAUAAUUAUACCUGUGCGUGCGAGAAUGGUUUCACUGGACUUAUGUGCGAAACAGAACUGAGUGGAUGCCAGAGGAAUCCAUGUCUGAAUGGUGGUACUUGCGUCGGUGAUUCUAACUAUUAUGAGUGCUUGUGUUCAGCUGGUUUUUAUGGAGACAACUGCGGAACAGAAGAUUCUAAGACGAAAAAUGACAUCAAUCCAUGUCGAAAUGGUGGUACUUAUAAUGCCAACUCCGAGGGUUAUGAAUGUUCAUGCGUAGACGGAUACUCUGGGAAUCAUUGUGAAUAUAGUGACUGUUUAGUUGACGGAGUUCUGUAUUCCAAUGGGAAAAGUUGGACGAUUAGCGAUAUAUGCCAAACGUGUACAUGUCGAGAUGGUGUUGCAGAAUGCGCCACAGAUAUCAUACAAACUAACUUUAAUGGCCACCAAAUCUGUGAGAGUGAUUUUGACUGUCCAUCUGACAGUAAUUGCUUGCCAGUGGACGUAAAUUGCGUUGGCAAUUCUUGUAGCAGUAUUUGUUCCGACAGUAUCCAAGACAGAUCGGCUGAUAACAGACCAUGUGCAGAUCACCGGGACGGUUCGUCGGAUGGAUGCGUUGUUGUAGAUAUUGUCGUUGACUCGUCUGCUUCAAUUUCUCGCAUAUGUGGCGAUUUUGGAGAGUAUGUUCGAAAUAGUGUAGCAGGCAUUUGGUCAUGCAGUGAUGUGGAUUGCUGGGAAGAUAGUUCAAGACGUCGACGAGAAACACAUUCCAAUUCCGUGUUGUCAUCGUAA